AUGGACAAAGGACCACAGGACGCUCUUGUCCAGAGCCCCAGUGGAGGCAAGGACGAGAAUGGCGAGCACGACCCGCAGCAUAAUAAUGGCUAUUUGGGCUCCCUCAUGCAAUGGUGGAAGCCCUACACGAAAGCGCAGGAAUCAACGAGACCUGGAUGGCAUGAUUAUCCAAAUGGCAAAGCGGCCACGAUGUACUGGCAUUGUGGCGGAGAGGGCGAAGUUGCCAAGGAGGCACCGUUCUACCACAGGCUUCAAUUCGACCUGGCGAACAGCUACUAUUGGUCUGGCGAUCAGUGCAUAGACAUGCUCUACUUCUACAUGCAGUGGCACCCGAUCCUCGGGCUAUUCCUUUCGCAUCCCAAUCACCCCUGGAGCAAGAAGUUGCGACUGGUGCAACUGGUGCUCUCCAUGCUCUUCUCGCUCCCCGCCACCGCGGCGAUCGCGGCGAUAACCGAGACUGACAGGGAGGAUUCGUCGGUGCUGUUGGGCAAGGUCGCCGACAAGAUCCUCACCCUCAGCCUCAUCACCCUCCCCAACUGCAUCGUCGGCGUCGUUCUGUACCAGUGCUCGGUGGCCGGGGCUGCGUGCCCCAGCUGCAGGCUCUUGUGCGAGUGCCUGCACAACUGCUGCGCCUGUCUGAUGUUCGUGCUCGCGUGCUGCGCCUGCUCUGUGGCGAUUGCGUUUUUGUCCGCCAAGCCGAACAUCGUGGACGCCUUCUGGCCCCUCCUCAUGGGGCUCGUGUGGUACUGGCUGCUGUGGUUCCCGCUGUGGCUGUUCGUCCCCGGGCAGCUCGGCUUCUUCAGCCUCUGGAGGGUCGAGUCCGCCAAGGCACGCUCGCUGCUGGAAGCGGCAUCGGCGGGCGCCGGCCGCCUGGCCGACCAGCUCGCGCCACCAGCUUCGGCGCCGAGGGCGCCGCGGGGCCGCCGGCGUGGCGCGCUCGGCGCCGAGAGGCGGGCGCCGCGAGGCGGGCCCGCGCUCCUGCGCGGGGCCGCGGGCCCUGCGGCGACGGGCAUCGAGCCGGGCGGCACGAGGGCCGGCCGGUCGCAGGAGCUGCUGCGGGCCAGCCUCGGGGCCCGCAGCUGCUCGGCCAGCGGUGCGCUCCGCGAUGCUGCGCGGGGCUCGGGGCCGUGUUUGCGAAUGCAGUCGUUUGACAUACCUGAUAUUGAUCAUGCUUUGCAGUUCGAGGUCGGCUACAUGUACUUCCUCUUCUGGAUGUAUUAUGUUCUUGUCUCGGUUGGUGGAAGUUUUCAUAUUGACGUGAGCGUCUACCACAUGACGCUCGGCGAGAGAAGCGGCCUACAGGCGUGCCCCGCCCCAGCGCUCCCCUCGUUCGACCAGCCGGAGGGCGCGGGCGAGGGCGGCCGCGCCGGCGGCGGCCCCCCGCUGCCCGCGGAGCAGCCCAGCGACGAGGAGCUCGUGCGCGUGCUGGAGACCCUCGGGCUCGCCGCGCUGCCCGACCGCUUCGACAGCGGCUUCGACACGGUGUGCGACUGGGCCCGCACGCUGUCGCUGGGCGAGCAGCAGAGGAUCGCGGCGUGCCGCUGCCUCCUGCGGGCCCCGCGCCUCGCGGUGCUGGACGAGGCCACGAGCGCGCUGCCCGUCGAGGACGAGCGGAGGCUCUACGAGCAGUUCCGCCGCAGGGGCAUCCGCUACCUGUCUGUGGGGCACCGCACGAGCCUGGCGGCGUACCACGACUCCGUGCUGCAGCUGCUGGGGGGGGGCGAGUGGCGGGUCGUCGGUUCCGAGGAGUACGCCGCGGGAGCGGCGGACCAGGGCGGCCCGGCCGACGGGCCCGCGUAG